AUGAAAUUUUACGAAGAUAUUUUUGAAGAGGAAUUGGACAUGAAACAGUUCGCCGCUUUCGAUUCUAGAGUUGUGGAAUCGAUGUCCAGUCCACUGAAGGAUAGCCCCAGUAAAUCAACUCAAGGCAAUCAAGGGCAGCAGAAAUCCAGUUCCAACCUUAAGAGGCAGGUGGUUAUCUCCGGGGCCGUCGUGGACGGGGAUGGCCGCCCUGGCCCUUCUACUUCCAAGACCCCAAAGGGGCAUAAGAAAGAGAACAAGGAGGAGAGUAGUGGUACCACGACGAGCUCCAGCUCCACGCCUGUUGCACACAACAACAAUAACCGUAACAAUCAGAAGGAUAACGGUAACAAAGACAAGUCCUGUUGCUUCUGUUGGUGCUGCUGUUGCAGUUGCUCAUGGUGAGUUGACAUUUUCUAUCGAAAACGUACGCUUACUUACGCCCUCUCUGUGCACAACCAAAUGAAAAAGAACACCAAUAAGAUGCAUCAGAUCAAUUCGCAGGCCGACAAUUUCUUCAACGGAAGUGAUUCCGACGUGCAGCCUACGUUGGAAGAAAUUCGUUCUUGGGGCGAAUCUUUCGACAGGCUCAUGAAGUGCUCAGCUGGCCGCAGGGUGUUCCGAGAAUUCCUACGUUGCGAAUACAGUGAAGAGAACAUUUUGUUCUGGUUGGCGUGCGAAGACCUGAAGAGGGAGAAAAAUCCUGAACUGGUCGAAGAGAAAGCCAGGCUCAUAUACGAAGAUUAUGUUUCGAUACUCUCACCAAAGGAGGUGAGCCUAGAUUCCAAAGUGCGAGAAAUUGUCAACAAGAACAUGAUGGCUCCUACGACCAACACUUUCGAUGAAGCUCAGCUGCAGAUCUAUACCCUAAUGCACAGGGACUCCUACCCUAGGUUCGUAGGGUCCCCUCUCUAUCGUCAGAUGGCGCAGCUUUCCCCCCCGACUCCGCCCACCCGCAAGACCUCUAUCUCUGUCGGAUGACGGUGGCUGCUUUGCUACUUCUAUUCUUUGUCAUCCCGAAACUGAGAUCAUCGUUCGUUAUAUAAGUACACAUACACACACGUAUGUUACCAAUACAUGCACAUUAUGUAUUUACUCAUAAACAGAUGCAUCAAAAUAAAUUAUAUGAAACGUUAUACAAUCCCAGAAAGAACGGUGGCCGUUUUUGAAGACACCAGUGCAAUUUUUAGGGACUCGGUGUAGAUUCGUGGUCUUACCACUCUUCAUCACGGAAGUUGUCCGGCACAACAGAAUGGUCGACUUCCAUGCCUCGAAGAGUUCCGAAAUCUGAAUACGUUAUUCAAACACUGCUCUCAUUUCCCAGAGCUAUGUGGGAUUAUUGAAAGUAAGAUGUUAUAUCAACGAAAGACUAGCGCAUGUGAUUGAUAUUUUAAAUUUUACGAAUAUAUGUGUAUAAAAUAUAUCAUCAAUUCUCAAUCAGGUAGGAAAGAGUUUAUAUUCAAGAACUCUCCGUGGUGAGUUAAGUUAUAGAAGCAAAUACGUUUUCGAUUGGAGGUUUAACGUAAAUGGACAAAAGCAAAACACAAUGGGUUAAAAUUAAGUGUUCAAGUCUAUAAAAGAAUGAGAGAAAGUCUUUUAUGUUUUCACAGUUGCAUUCCAUGUGCUUGUGGUACGUUUCUUCUGUUUGGAAACCUCUUGGAUGCUUGUUGUGGGCUGUGUACAGCGUUUAUCUCUCGAACGCAGAAAGCUGAUUCUGGGUCGAUACUUCUUCCGAGGGUUCUUGUCAGAAACUGUACAUAGAAAUACGACGGACGAACAGUUAAUUGUUCUUUUCAAAGCAUAGAAGAAUUUAGAAAUGUUUUGAAAAUUUUGCACUCACGGCUUGUCUGAUUUCAGACAUUACGAAUCUAGUCAGUUCAAUGUACAAAGCUCGUUGGCUGGGUAAGAACAAAACUGGAAACAAAUUUCAUUUGUACUUAAUCACCCCAGUUAAAAUCCAUCAAUUCCAUUCAAUUAAAAACUGGUUUGAAGAACAGCCAACAUUCUCAACUUACAACUUAGCAAGACCUCUUUUGAGUUUUUCUUCUCUCUGUCUGUUUCUUCAAAACAUUCCGUUGAGACUGUUCUCGAAGUCUACACAUUCCAUUCGACGUGAUCCGGAGGGGAAAAAGAGACCAACUUUGAUCAAAGUCACUAGUUUAAAAAUGUCGACCUGUGGUUUGAAUAAUAUGUUGUCUGGAUCCUUUUAAGACACGUCCCGUUUACAGAUAAUAAUCGAGAAUUUUUCCUCUACUUUGUGUUACAAAUGUCUUCAUACAUGGAAAGUAUCAGUUCCGAUGACCAAAAAAUGCAAGCAAACUACGCAUUUGUACUCGGGAGAAAAAGUGACGCAAUAAUAAUGUAUAAAUCCACUAAAGCAUGAAUUUUGAACAUGCAGCACUCAAAGUCCAGGGUAAAUAUCUCUCAACUCGGCUACAGGCCGCCUAGAACAAUAUUGGCCUAGCAUUUGUAAACAAUCAUGGGUAGAGGUGUGAAUUAAAUUAAAUGCUGCCGGUAUGACAGACAUGACAAAUAAAGUAAAACGUUUUUAUUUUUAUCUACCCUUUUAGUUAGAAUUACAUCAAGAGGACUGAUAUCUUUGCAUAUUUUUAAACGCAUUACCCUCACACACGGAAUUCAUGGAUUGCUGUGUUGAAAAGUAGGUUCAGUUCUUUUCGAAAUGAGUUGGAAGUCUAUUGGGAUCACACUAAUUGUUAUCGUUGCACGUGUUGAUGCUUGCUGCAAUCACUUUAAUGCUCAUCUUUGCUCCAGAAACUUAUUUUCAAUCAUCACUGAUUUGUCCGUUGGCGAGUUGAAGUAGAAAAUGACUGUAAAUCAAAGUGGAGAAAAUUGGAAAAUUAAUGUGACAAGCACUAUUUUUAAUAUAUUUGUAAAAAUAUUUAUUUCUAUGAUAUAUUUCUUUUUUACUUUUACCUUUCUUAAGGCGGUGAUCUUUUUGAUGCUCAUUUUUUCAGCUUGUUCAUUAUUUCAUGGUAUGUAAUUUUUUUGUUCCAACUAUACACUUUUAUGUUUGAGUUAUUUACGAGAUUAAUUUCAGAGAAAUUUUAAGAAAUUAAAAGUUUUGUGAUCGUUGGAAAGUUUGACUGCAAAGAAACAUUUUUAUUGCGACAAGGUUGCUGAUUUGAUGUGUGAUGUUUUUCAUUGCUACUUUUAAAAAUAUACUAAAUUUUGCUUAAAAUUAUUGCUUGUUUUAUGAUUAAGUCUGCAAAUGACAGGUCAAUAAAAUUUUUGCAAUCUAUAAUCUCAAAAAAAGAAAAAAAAAAGACUUGACUCGUUCAUUAAAUUGGUUAGGGAUUUCCAAUCGGAA